CCAUGUUUUUGAGGCCCUGCCAAGCUGAGCGGAGGUUCCCCUGUGUGAUUUUUUCCUCCACUUUGUUCUUGUACUUGAGCUUGGCAGUUUUUAUGGCGUGCUUGACUUCUGUGUUUACCUCCUUUUUCUCCAUUUCGGAGCCGGUGAAGAAGACCCUUUUCUUCUUGUUGAGGACCUCCUUGAGCUCUUUGGUGAUCCAAGGUUUAUUGUUGGGGUAGAUCGCUUUGUUGUUUAGUGAUGUUCAGUUUGAGGAGGUCACACUGUGUGUGUGUGUGUGUGUGUGUGUGUGUGUGUGUGUGUGUGUGUGUGUGUGUGUGUGUGUUUCAGACUGACGUCGACAACGACCUGGUGGGAGACGUGUGUGACACCAACCAGGACACAGACGGGGAUGGUCACCAGGACAGCAGAGACAACUGUCCUGACAUUCCCAACAGCUCCCAGCUGGACUCAGACAACGACGGUCUGGGAGACGAUUGUGACCACGAUGAUGACAACGACGGUGUCCUCGACGACUACGACAACUGCCGACUCAUCGUCAACCCCUACCAGAAAGACUCAGACAUGAACGGCGUUGGGGACGUCUGUGAGAAUGACUUUGAUAAUGACGCUGUGAUGGAUUUGUAUGACGCGUGUCCUGAGAGCGCUGAGGUCACUCUGACAGACUUCAGAGCCUAUCAGACGGUGAUCCUAGACCCAGAGGGCGACGCCCAGAUUGACCCCAACUGGGUGGUUCUGAACCAGGGGAUGGAGAUCGUCCAGACCAUGAACAGUGAUCCUGGUCUAGCUGUGGGCUACACAGCGUUUAACGGCGUCGACUUCGAGGGAACGUUUCACGUCAACACGGUAACUGAUGACGACUACGCCGGCUUCAUCUUCGGCUACCAGGACUCGUCCAGCUUCUACGUGGUGAUGUGGAAACAGACUGAGCAGACGUACUGGCAGCCCCUCCCCUUUCGAUCUAUGGCCACGCCCGCCCUGCAGCUCAAGGCGGUGAAGUCUCGGACCGGACCCGGAGAGUUCCUGAGGAACGCCCUGUGGCACACCGGAGACACACCUGGAGAGGUGACGCUGCUCUGGAAGGAUCCUCGAAACGUCGGCUGGAAGGACAAAACCUCGUACCGCUGGCAGCUCAGCCACCGGCCCCAGGUGGGCUUCAUCAGGGUGAAGCUGUUUCAGGGCGCUGACAUGGUGGCUGACUCUGGUGUAGUGAUUGAUACGACGAUGAGAGGAGGUCGACUCGGAGUUUUCUGUUUCUCACAGGAGAACAUCAUCUGGUCCAACCUGCGCUACAGGUGUAACGAUACGGUGCCUGAAGACUUCCAGAUUCAUCGUAAACAAGUAAUGAUGCACAUUCAGGUCUGAGAGCUGCAGGCCAACUGAACACACACACACACACACACACACACACAGUCACACACACACACACACACACACACAAACACACACACACACACACAAACACUGCAGGGGACCAAAGAGGUCACAGCAUUAAUCCACGAUCUCCUCCUCUCUGGGUUUUCUGUCAAACAUUCAAAUCAGUAGAAGAAGAACCCGGGCUCGUCUCCUCGUCUGUUAGAGCGCCACGUUCAACAACAACUGACUUUGAGAUAGAACUGAUAACGUGUGAGCAGUUUCAAACACUUUGACGGACACAUUCACAUUUUGCUCUACAAAUCUGAAGAUCUGUGAAAACAUCUGAGGAUCUAUUUACCAUGAGGAAGAGUCUCUUAGUGUGUGUGUGUGUGUGUGUGUGUGUGUGUGUGUGUGUGUGUGUGUGUGUGUGUGUGUGUGUGUGUGUGUGUGUGUGUGUUGAAUAAAAGGAGGCUGACAGGUAGAUUUCAGGUGUCACAGGUAGCAGCACCUGAACACACCUUUUGAGAAGCUCGUCGUUCAGAUGAACCAAAAAACAAACUCUGUGUUUAAUAAACACGGCUCCUGAAAAAGAGUGUUGACAUCAUAACGCUCAACGCUAACACCAGUGUUAGCUCUGCCUGUUAGCAUGCUAACAUUAGCUAAUUAGCAGUAGACACAGUGCAGCUCAGGCUGAUGGGAUGUUAUUGGUUGAUCAUAAAAUAAAGUGUCGUACCAAUGAACAAGUUGACCUGAUGGGGGCGUUAUAAAUGUUAUUAUAAUUAUGUUAUUAAUAUUAAAGUUCAUCCUGAGCGGAGCACCGACGUCUCAUUUAUCUCCCUCACACUGAUGAUGUACACACUGUGUCAAUCCUUUCAAAAUAAAAUGACUUCCUGUUUUACCUGA